GGCCUUCAUCUCCUUAAGAACUGUUUCUUCCAUGAUGAAGAUCAGCAUGGAGUAUAUCUGAGGUACAUUUCCCGCACUCAAGGCACUAAUACACCUCCAGGGUUGUGUGGGACCCCUGAUGUACAGGAAGACAGGACUUCAGUGAGGAACAUUUCCCUCACUCAGGACAGGAAAGGGCUUCUCCCCAUGUAAGAUCUCUGAUGUUUGUGAAGAUGGGACUUCUGUGAAAAACAUUUCCCACACUCAGACAGGAAUAUGGCUUUUCACCUGUAUGCACUCUCUGAUGUUUGUAA